CGUCGGUGGGAAGUGGAUUUGAUUAACCGCUGGCCAUAAAAACGCAACGCGGCUUUGCUUAUAAGACACAGACACAGACAUCGAGACAGAGAGAGAGAGAUAGUGGUCCAUUCCCAUUGAAGAAGAAGACAAAGUGAAAAGCCUAAAAGAGCCGUUGAAGCGUACAAUCUAAGGCAAUAAACCCACAAGAAAGCUUAAGUCUUUACUGUUAUCUUUCAAUUGCCAUUUCAAUUUCAAGAUAUAGAGAGAGAAAGAAGCAAAAAAGGCGCAGUCUUGGGGGUUUUCACAGGCUAUGGUGGGUUUAAACGACGACAUCUCAGUCGACAUUGAAGAGAUCUACAAUGGUGGCAAGGAGCAUCAUGUCAAAACUUGCCAUGGUUCAGUUUCAGUUGUAGUUUAUGGAGAUCAAGAGAAACCAGCACUGAUCACUUAUCCAGAUGUAGCACUUAACUAUUUGUCGUGUUUCCAAGGAUUGUUUCUCUGCCCUGAAGCAGUAUCCUUACUGCUCCAUAAUUUCUGCAUUUACCAUAUUAGUCCCCCAGGACAUGAGUUCGGAGCUGCUCCAGUUUGUUCCAAUGAUCCGUCACCUUCCGUUGAAGACCUCGCGGACCAGAUUCUUGAAGUAUUGAACUUCUUUAGCCUCGAGGCAGUAAUGUGCAUGGGGAUUACAGCGGGUGCCUACAUCCUUUCCUUGUUUGCUAUUAAACAUAAAGAACGAGUUUUGGGUUUGAUUCUUAUAUCACCUCUAUGCAAAGCGCCCUCAUGGUCUGAAUGGUUUUAUUACAAGGUAGUGUCAAACUUGUUGUACUACUAUGGUAUGUCUGGGCUGUUAAAGGAUAUUUUCCUCCAACGGUACUUCAGUAAGGAAGCUCGUGGUAGCUCUGAAGUUCCAGAGAGGGAUGUGGUACAUGAAUGCAGAAGACUGCUGGGGGAAAGACAUGGUAGUAGUCUUAUGCGGUUUCUUGAAGCAGUUAACAAGAGACAUGACCUAACUGAUGGAUUAAGAGAUUUGAAAUGCCGCACACUCAUCUUUGUUGGCGACCAAUCUCCCUUCCACUCUGAAACUCUUCACAUGGUGACUGCAUUGGACAGAAAAUACAGCGCCUUGGUUGAGGUGCAAGCUUGUGGAUCAGUGGUGACAGAAGAGCAACCACAUGCGAUGUUGAUACCAAUGGAGUUCUUUUUCAUGGGGUUUGGAUUGUAUAGGCCUGGUCGGGUUAGCGAUAGCCCCCGUAGUCCACUGAGCCCGUCAUGUAUUUCGCCAGAGCUUCUUUCUCCAGAGAGUCUUGGUAUAAAGCUAAAGCCAAUAAAAACUCGGGUUCCCACCAAAUGUUAAAAGUAACACAAUUGAUUCAUUGUAUUCUUCCUCUCAUAUUUGGUGUAUCAAUUCAAAUAUUCUUUUAUUGAAUAUGUGUUUGUACUUUUGUAAUCAAUUAACUCAAAAAACUCUUUAUUUGUAAGAGAUAGUUUAGCUUUUAUGGGUA